AUGGUUAUUGGUAAGAUAAAGAAGAUGUUUUCGAGUGUCAGUAGAAAGGAGGAGAUACUUGGGGACAUUUAUGAUCAGGGUGAGAUUUUGAUUGACAGAUGUUCAAUACUGAAGAUUAAGGACGAGGUGUCUUUUGAGAAGAAGGGAAUAUCUAAGAAGUUUAAGAUUGAUGAGAUUGUAUCACUGGAAUGUGGAGAAGGAUCGGUAUCAUUUAUCCAUGGCCAUAGGAAGUAUGUGUUUAUGGGUUCUGGAGAUCUUUCUAGGCUUGAGAAGGAGAUAAGGCCUUUCACAAAAGAAAUUGAGGAGGUUUACAAGAAGACAGCGAAAUACUCGAGAUAUAACACAGAUACAAGGAUUUUUGAAGAAGUAAUGGAGAAAGUGAAAGUACAAAUAAUCAGGGACAAGGUGUUUGUAAUAAGAAUAGAGACAGGCAAGGAAGUGAUACAUUUUGAAGAGAUCAAAACAGAUACACAGUACUAUAUGGAUCAGGCCAACGGGACGUUUGUAUGGUCUGUGCUUAAGGAUGGAGGAUUCCAUACGUUUUCUCUGAGGUUUGCAAAUAACGUAGAUUUUUUAGAGUUUCUCAGUAAAUAUGUUGGGUGUUUGUACAAGAAUGUGAACGAGAAUAGGCAAGGAGAUGCAGAUGCAGAGAAGUACUUUGAGCGGAUGGAGAUGGAGAACUAUAUAGAUGAUGAGUCUGAAAGCACAGAUGAGAAAGACGACUACGAGAGCUGUGAUGACGAUGAGCUUGAAAAUCAUUUUGGAGAAGCGGAUGAGAAGAACAAGCAUCUUGUUAUAGGAGAUGAGAUGGCGUUUAUUACAAGGGGAAAGUCUGUAGGAGUGUUUAGAAACACAGAAGAAGGAUUGGAGUUUAAGGCAAAUAUUAAGGAUGUGCUUGACAAUGAGAUAGAGAAGAUGAUUACGCAUGGGAAGUGUAAGGAGCUGAUAUAUUUGGAUAAGAACGAAAGGGACAGGCUGCAUAAGCUGGAUGUGGAACGAGGGGAGGUUGUUGAGACAUGGGAGAUGAACAGGGAAGUGAAUGAUUAUUUUGAUUCUGAAAAGCUUGUGGAUACAGGGACGCUUAUUGGAGUGUCUGAUUACUCGGUGUUUAGGAUUGACCCAAGAACAAAAGAAAAGGUGGUUGAAUCUAAGGAAUACAAAGUGAAGAAUGGGUUUAACUGUGGAAUGGCUACCAGCAAAGGGCAUGUGGUGGUUGCUUCUAGGAAGGGGGAUUUGAGGCUGUAUGACAAGAUUGACAAGAGGGCAAAGUCGCUUCUUCCUGGGUUUGGAGAUGAGAUCAAGCAUGUUGAUGUUACAAGCAAUGGGAAGUAUAUUAUUUGUACGUGUAAGAGCUAUUUGAUGCUGAGUAGUGUGCCUGGUGAUUAUAAGACACCUGUUGGGAAGGACAAGCCGGUGCCUAAAAGGCUACAGUUGAAGCCUGAGCACUUGGCAUAUAUGAAUGAGGAGAUUGACUUUACACCGGCGAAGUUCAGUACGGAUGAGUCUGAGAGCAGUAUAAUUACAAGCACAGGGAGCUAUGUGAUAAAAUGGAAUCUAGAAGAUGUGCUGAAUGGAAAGCCAUAUUCGUAUCAGCUUGCAAAGUGCAAUGAUUUGAUAGUAGCAGACAAUUUUGAAUUUGGCGAGAAUAGCAGUGUUAUUGUUACUAUGCCUGAUGAUGUGAGGAAGGUUAGUGUGAAGAGUCUUAAGAAGCCGGGUAGAUCGAUAUGGAGGUGA